UAUUAAAGACAAUAAUUAAAUAUGAUACAUUUUGUAUAUUAAGUGAUCUUAAUGCGGGUUCUGAUCCUCGCCAGGUGAAAUCUUAUGUUGACCUGGAUGCACCUGCUGAAGGCGACAUUGAAAUUAAAUAUUGA